GCGGACGGUGACUUACUAGAUGCGCAUGCAGCACUCGAUCGGGCACAAUCUUUCAUGAGUGGGAGUGGUAGUGAUGCCGAAGCUGAUGAGGACGAAGUGCAGAAAUGGCAGAAGGCCAUUGAUGACAUCGAGGCGCGUCGUGAGAUGACCAAGGUUGCAUGGACGUCUGGGCGGUUCUGCCAUAGAGUAAGGGUGAUGGUGAAGCCAGAAGUCAAGUUCCCUGAAAAGAGCACCUUCCGCGAGUUCGACGAGAACGGGGAGUUAGUAAGAUUUCAAUAUGAGAAAUGGAUUGGGCAUCUGUUUCUAUAUAUCACACAGGACAUGGGGUCGCGGUGUAUCGACGACUCCACCGACUUGCCAUUCAAUCGGGAUAUCCUGGUCCAGAACGUCGAGCGCAUCAUUAUGGCUUCUGGGCCGUGGCAGGAGUGGUUGCUCACGCUGAGGAGUAUCUACCGAUGGGAAGAUCCGAAAGUUACUGGAAGGUGGUUUGCAGUUUGGGCGUUUGUUUGGUAUCUGAAUUGCACAAUAUCCUUCACGCUGUGCUACGUCGUUUUCAUAGUUCUCCAAAACCGCUUCUGCGCUCAACCCAUCGAAAAACUGCGAGCAUCGCACGAAAGAGCCCUGGAUCGCGGCAAAAGCGCGCUCAAGUUCGGCGACCUCAUCAACCGCCAUGGCAGUAGCGACUGGAUAGACCCGCUAAUCGACGGCGUGGGCCCCGUGGCACAGGUCCAGCUCGGCGACAUCGCGGAUCUCAUGGAGAUAUUGGUAAACUUCUACAAUUGGAAGUAUCCGCGGUUGACUGCUUAUACGAUUUUUUUCUUCUCCACUUGCAUCACGGUUGGUCUUCUGACACCAGCCGAUUUCUCGCUUAAGAUUGUGACAAUGAUAAUCAUAUGGUGGUUCUUCUUUGGCCGAUUUGUCGCGAGUUAUCAUCCACAGUACAGACAUCUCGUUUCUCCUAUCAAAUACGUCUACUGGGACAUCCCAACACACGCGGAAUGGGCCUUCACUUACCUCCGCAAAACUGCCCAAGAAGUCCGCCAAAAGAUGAUCGAGCGAAAAGUUCAGCACCAAUACGACAUCGAAACCCGCGAACACCCCACUUACCAAGGCAACGUAGCUUCCGCGCCAAGCCAAGGCGGUGAUGGAGAUAGCGAUGGCGACGACUGGCACUCCGCCAAAUCCUCCGGCGGCAUCCUCGACGAAACCGACUUCAUCUGCUUCCGCUGUAGCCACCACGGCGUCCCCGGCCAGCUAGCGAUCUACUCUGACGGGAUCCGCUUCAUCCGCAAGUUUCCAAAUAAGGAGAUGUGGCGGCGGUCGUUUAGUGAGAUUGCUGAGAUGAAUAAGCUCACGGGGUCGAGAACGGUGAAGUUGAAGAAGGAGAGGCUGUUGGAAUUCACUUUCAUGGGUGGAGUGGUCGAAAAACUGGAGGAUAUGAAACGGAUGGAUGAGGCCUUCAACGCUAUCAUCGGGUUCUCGGGGCUGCAUUGGCAGCAGCUACAACCUAGGCAUGAGGCUAAUGUUGAGACCUGAGAUGCGACGAGGACUUAGAAUGGAAUGGGUUUACUUUUGUGAUUACUACCCUGUUCCCCUUAGAAGUUUGAACCCACUCCAUAUCUAACUCAGAACUGAACUGUUGUUUCGUGUCGAAAGACUCUCUAAACUAGCUAGCACAUAGGUUGUAACAAAGUAGGGAGACUUCAAGUUACGGGUGGCGUAAUAGAGGCAUGCUGAUUCAGCAGGACGGUGGGUUCUUUAGGUCCCUAGAGCGCCUAGAAAUGAACCUCGAAUUGAGCCUUGAAUUGAGAAUGUUUAGCGGAACGGGUUAGGAGACAGCGGUGUGAUUUAGACGUAAAAUCGAAAGAGUCGCAAAUACGUAGUCACAUGAUG